AUGACUACUCUUAGAGACCACUCAGCAAACAAUGAUAAGUCUUUAGAGGAAAAGAUUGAUAAUGACGAAAAACUCUAUGAUAAACUGAGUUCCUAGUACUAUGCUAAUGGAAUGAGUUUGAUGCAAGUCAUGCUUAUGAAAUCUCUAGUCGACUACUGUAACCUAUCUGCUCUAACAUUUACCCAUAUAGUGUUUGACCUUAAUAAAGAUAUCAACAAGAGCGUUGUCAUCAAGAAUAUGGCAUUGAUUAGCAAGUAAAUGAUGAUGAGAGAGUUUGAGAUCUUAUUGUGGGCUUGCCUUAACUCCCAAGAGUAUUUAAAGGACAUAAUCAAUAAGCCUGACGCCUAGAAGAAUAUUUAGUAUAGAAUACUCAUGACCGCCUUCUUUUUGAAGGAGAAGUUCAGCUCUCCUCAGGAAUGUGACUCCAUUAAAGCCUAUCUUGGAAAACAUUUCCAAAACUUCAUGGGCAAAUACACAACUGAAUGGCUUAUAUUAGAGGAACCAGAUCUAUCUAUGAUAACUCCUAAGGUGUUAAAUGCUAAGUUUUGCGAAUUAAAAAAGAUAUAUGAAAAGAAAAGGUAUGUAGAAAAAAUAAAUGAUGACGAUGAUGAUGACCAUAAUAAAGACUUUAACAAGAUGGUUGAUGAAUUAGGAGAGGAGAUCAAUAGAGUUGACUAACUAAGAAAACAAUUAAUUGAAAGAGACGAGAGAAGGAAUAAGCAGAAGAAGAGACUACACUCUCAGCUUGAAAAGUUGCAAGAAUAGCCCUAGCAAAGCAUACAACUAAUUCAAAAUAGUCUAUCAAAUGAAGAUUUGUAGGAUAAUAAGAGAUAGAGGUUAGAUCCCUAUCAACAUAGCAAUAUCACUCCUCGCAAAUUCGGAGGAAUCUACGACACCAGUCCGAACAAAUCUUUGAACACCAGCUUCACCGGCUUGGGCUACCCCUCCUAGAUUUGGAACGCCAGUAUCAUCAAUAACAUAACAAUUAACAAUCCAAACUUUAUUCUAGACCAUAGUUAAUCACAAAUGAAUUUAGCAAACCCAAUGGCUGACAUGGUUUAAAAGCAAGCUUCCUAUAUCGAGAUGUCUAAUUUUAUGGACCAAAUAAACUUAAGUCAUCCAAACGAUCUAAGUCACAGCAAGACUUAUUUUGUCAAUGGAAGCAGCAACAAUAGAAAUGACUCAUUCAUGAACUAGGACAUACUCUCGAUGUUCAGCAAGUUCGACAACUCUAGGAUUCUUCAGUAGCAAUAGCAGUAACCAUAAAAUGAGCAGUUCCAUUUGCUAAACCCUGGUCUCUCAGUCUAGAAUAUUAUCCAAUCUGUAGGUGGAGGUAAUUUUGAUAAUCUGAAUAAAAACAGCAGUUUCUACUCUCCAAACAGGUACCCCUCCAAGAAUGUUUUCCCUUAAAACAACUGCCAUGAAUGUUGGGGUAUAAGAUCAGAUGCCUUCUAUUGUAACAGGAAUAAUGAAACUGGUUACUGCUGUCCAAGUGGAAACCCCGUAGAAUGUCGAAACUUGCCAGAUUAUAACUAAACCUGCUCAUCUGGGACCUUGUUUAAGAAAAAUGAGUACGUUGAAUGUAUAGCCACUCCACUAACUACUUGUGGAGUGUUUGAUAAAUAUCUUCAUACUUCAGGGACUGAGGCUUAAUCAGUUGUAUUGAAGAAUAUCAGCUACAGUGCUGGAAACGUCUGUUCUUAUACUAUUGCAAUGGAAAAUAUUUAAAACUUCAAUAAGACAGCAUCCCUUGAACUUAAAUUUCUGCAGAUCACUGGGUUGAGCAUAUAUGUUUCAACAGCUAAUUCACAAGGAAAUUUUAAGACUGCCGCAAUAGCUCUUGAUAAUAAUAUUACUGUAAAUAGAACUUACAAGUUUAAUCAGAACUUAACUCUCUAUCUGAUGAUUAUUCCAAUUCAAAGCGCAGGUACAAAUACAAGAUUGAGCUUUCAAUAUAGAGUAAACGAGAGUUGGGUAAUCUAGCCUAAAAACACAACUGAGACGGAAACUGAUUCUGAAGAUGGCCUUAAUACUGCCACACUCAUAGUUAUACUUGCAUUUUCAGGGGGAGUUUUAAUGAUUGGAGUUGCUGCUGUUGGAUAUUUCAUUUACAAGAGAUUAAGAAGAAUGAAGCGUAAGGCUAGAGUGCAAAGCAAAAAGGAGGAAGAUAAAGUCAAGAAGUUCAAUAAUUCUGAUAUGUAGCAUACGAAAAGAGAUCUGUUGGAAACUCCAAAGACUCCUAAAACACCAUAGCAAAAGGCAUAGAACAAAGUAAUUAUAGAACCUAUAUAAAUUCAGUAAAAAUUCUCUGUUGGAACAUCACUUGCUCUAAUAACCUAGAAAAAAUCUGCAACUCCUUAAUGUAAUGCCACUGGAGCUCAUCAUCACUCCAAAGCCAAAAAGGGCAAGAAGGUAAAGAAAGGCUUGCCAAACAAGAAAGCAAACGAAAUGGAAGAGACCGAAGUGUUCGAGUCAGAGACUAAUAUUUUCACUGGAAUGUUUCAAAGAUUAAAAAAGUGA